UUUCAGCACAUCUUCAGCUUCAGUUCCAGCUCUCGCUCCAUCUCCAGCUCCAUCUCCUGCUCCAUCUCCAGCUCCAUCUGGAGCUCCAGCUCCAGCUCCAUCUCCAGCUCUAGCUCCAGCUCCAUCUGUUAACCCAUCUCCACCUCCAGUUCAAGCUCCAGCUCAAGCCAGCUCCAUCUUCUGCUCCAGCUCUCCAUCUCCAACACCAGCUCGAACUCCACCUCAAUCUCCAGCUCAUCCAGCUACAUCUCCAGCUAUAUCUCCAUCUCCAGCUCCAGCUCCACCACCUGCUCUAGCUCCAUCUCCAUCUCCAUUUCUAAUUCCAUCUCGAGCUCCAUCUGCAGCAUCUGCAUGUCUACCGACAUCUCCAGUCCCAUCUGCAGCUGUAACUCCAUCUCCAGCUCUAGUUCUAGCUGCAUCUCCGGCUUUAUCUCUAGCUGCAGGUCCAACACCAGCUCCAGCUUCAUUACCAGCUCCAUCCCCCGCUCCAGCUCCAUCUCCAUCUCCGUCUCCUGCACCAUAUCCAGCUCCAUCUCCAGCUCUCGCUCCACCCCCAGCUCUAGUGCCAGCUCCAUUACCAGCUCCAGCUCCAGCUCCAUCUCCAGCUCCAUCUCCAGCUCCAUCUCCAGCUGCAUCACCAGCACCAGCUCCAACUCCAGCUCCUCCAGCGGCAUCUCCAGCUCUAUCUCCAUCUCCAUCUCCAGCUCCAUCUCCUGCUCUCGCUCCAUCUCCAUCUCCAAUUCUAGUUCCAUCUCGAGCUCCAUUUCCAGCAGCUCCGUAUCUACCUCCAUCUCCUGUUCCAUCUGCAGCUGUAGAUCCAUCUCUUGCUCCAUGUCCAGCUCCAUCUCCAGCUCCAUCUCCAUCUCCAGCACCUUCUUCAGUUUCAGUUCCAGCUCUCGCUCCAGCUCAAUCUCCAGCUCAAGCCAGCUCCAUCUUCUGCUCCAGCUGUAG